GACGCCCUGAAUGGGAAGUAGUGGUGAGCGCCACCUCCGUGCACAUGCGUGUUUGGAGCUGGUUCGGCCAACAUGGCUGCCGUGGAGCAUGUUGUGGCUGAUGCGGGGGCUUUCCUGCGGGACGCGGCUCUGCAGGACAUUGGGAAGAACAUCUACACCAUCCGGGAUGUGGUCAGCGAGAUUCGGGACAAGGCCACGCGCAGGCGACUCGCCGUUCUGCCCUACGAGCUGCGUUUCAAGGAGCCCUUCCCGGAAUACGUGCGACUGGUAACUGAGUUUUCAAAGAAAACUGGAGACUAUCCCAGCCUCUCUGCCACGGAUAUCCAAGUACUGGCACUUACCUACCAGUUGGAAGCAGAGUUUGUUGGAGUGUCUCACCUAAAACAAGAACCAGAAAAGGUUAAAGUGAGCUCAUCGAUUCAACACCCAGAAACUCCUCUACACAUUUCUGGUUUCCAUCUGCCUUCAAAGCCAAAACCCCCACAAGAAGCAGUAGAACAUGGACCCCCAGCCGGUGAGCCUGAGGACCUAGAAUUUAGUUCUUUUAUGUUCUGGAGAAACCCUUUGCCCAAUAUCGAUCGUGACCUGCAGGAGCUGCUGAGUGACGAAGGUGAGGAGGAGGAAGAAAAGGAAGAGGAUGGAUGUGAAGAAAGGAAAGCUGAAGGUAGUGAUGAUGAGGAGGGGUGGAUCACCCCCAGCAACAUCAAGCAGAUCCAGCGGGAGCUGGAACAGUGCACCAUCCCAAAGGACGUGCGGGUCGGCUGUGUGACUACAGACUUUGCCAUGCAGAAUGUCCUGCUUCAGAUGGGGCUGCACGUGCUGGCGGUGAACGGCAUGCUGAUACGCGAGGCCCGGAGCUACAUCUUGCGCUGCCACGGCUGUUUCAAGACAACAUCUGACAUGAGCCGAGUCUUCUGUUCACAUUGUGGCAACAAGACCUUGAAGAAAGUGUCAGUGACUGUCAGCGACGACGGAACCCUGCACAUGCACUUUUCCCGCAACCCGAAGGUGCUGAAUGCUCGGGGUCUCCGGUACUCACUUCCCACUCCCAAAGGGGGCAAAUAUGCCGUCAACCCCCAUCUGACCGAGGACCAGCGCUUCCCUCAGCUGCGACUCUCCCACAAGGCCAGACAGAAAACUGACGUGUUCGCCCCUGACUACGUGGCUGGGGCAUCUCCCUUUGCAGAGAACGACAUCUCCAGCCGCUCAGCGAUGCUGCAGGUCCGAGACAACACCUUGGGAGCCGGGAGGAGACGGUUAAAUCCCAAUGCUUCCAGAAAGAAAUUUGUGAAGAAAAGGUGAAAUGCAAGUUCCACAGGCAAACCAGAUGCUGCUGCGGCUGCCGAGGGGUUCUGGCGUGUCCUUUCCCCAGCUGUGCCAGCUCCAGAAAGCUGUGGAGGGAAAGGACAGGCCGGGCUCCUGCCUGCUUCCUCAUGCCUCCUGUGGAGUGUUGGGUUGGGUUUGCGGAGGGACUCGGUCAUGCCGCAGCCUGUGAGCGCCGCCAGAGCGCGCGUCCUGCCACGUUGAGGGGAAUUUGAUGGAAACAGAAACAACAGAGCCCGAGAGCAAAUCUUUGACCUUGAAAGAACUUCCAAGUAAUAUUUUUCUAAUAAAUGUGGUUGCAAGCUUC